AUGGCAUUCAUUUAUCGUCUUCUACGAGUCACCCUGGCAGUGACUCUCAUGCUGGCUGGAUUCAUAACUCUGUUUUUAAUGUACUAUAAGUCAUUCCCAUCUCCAAAAUGUCAUCCUCACCCAGCUCAUAUAGGGCGGCGGACAAAGCAGGGGAAUUUUUCCAUUACAUCAGUUGUUACAAAAAAACCCAACCCUGCAGAGACACAACAGAAAGACAAGCCCAUACUGCUGCUGUGGUUCUGGCCUGAAAACAAAAAGUUUGAUUUUCAAGACUGCAAGAGGCUCUUCCAAAUUGACAGCUGCCACCUCACAGAUGAUAGAUCUCUGUACUCCACAGCUCAUGGAGUUUUGGUGUUUCACAGAGCUAUCCAGGAUGACCUCUCCAAUCUCCCCACCUCACCCAGACCCAGAUUUCAGAGGUGGAUCUGGUUUAACAUGGACUCACCUACCAACAUGCGCAAAAUUGAAGGCAUUCAAGGCCUUUUUAAUUUAACCUUGAGCUACAGGAAGGAUGCGGAUAUCCACGUUCGCUGGCGACUGACUCUCAAGAGGAACACGGAUGAAGAUUUUGUGCUACCCAAGAAGGAGAGAUUGCUUUGUUUGAUUGUGGAUGGCGACAACCUCCUAACAAAAUCAGCUGAGAGAUACAAGUACUACGAAGAGCUUAUAAAGCACAUCAAGGUGGAUGUCUUUCACAGAUCCUCAGCCGAGCUCUUGAAGGCUGAGAACUAUUUCCUGACUAUCAGCAGCUGCAAAUUCUACCUUUCCUUUGAGGAUCCAGUUCACAGAGAUUACAUCACUGAAACGUUCAAUGGACCUCUUGCAGCCGGGACUGUGCCGAUAGUUAUGGGCCCACCGAGAACAAACUAUGAGGAUUUUGCCCCAGGUACUUCCUUCAUACAUGUAAAUGACUUCCCGCAUGCCGCGGCACUGGCUGAGUUCCUCCUGUCACUGGAUAAGGAUAAUGAGACUUAUAUGAGAUACUUUAAUUGGCGACAGUUCUUUACUGCCACGCGUCAUCCUGUUGAGGGCAGUCAUGAGUUUGCACACGCUAUCUGCCAGGCCUGUCACCACAUGGGCAUGAACAGUGUGUACAGAGUUGUACCUGAUGUGUACAAGUGGUUCUUACAGGGAAGCUAUUAA